AUGAUCCUUGCCAGGCACCCGGACGAAGCUCAGGUUGCAGCCUUACUCGAGGACUACAGGGUUUCAUUGGUGAUCCGGCCUGUGAUGGAGAUCCUAAUUCCCGGUUUCCUUUACGGUGUAUACGCCGUUCUCUAUGGUAUCUGCCUCAAUCUGUUGAGGAAACGGAAGACACCAAACCAUGUUCUUUACAUCAUUAUGAUGACAGCCCUCUUCCUUUCCGCUACUGCUGGCCUCGCUCUAAAUAUCACUAGUGUCAUAAUCUCGGGCUUUCAAAACCUCAAAGAUGGUGUUCUGAACUCCACUUCCCAUCCCUUUCCUCCAACCACGUGCGUGGAACAUGAACUUAUCAGAGCUCAAAUUCGCAAUUAA